CUGUAAUAUAUAAGUCACUUACGGAAUCGUUAAAUGGUAACCCCAGAACAUGGAGCCAUUGAACCGGAGCGUUGCAUUUAAGCUAUACGCGAUUUAUAAACUAUAAACCCGUCUUGUCGGAUUGAAAAUAUUUUCCUACCGUCAGUUCAGUCGUUAUCAAGUCGGCAUUCGAAGUGGUUCGAUCGCACCCACAAGACUAAGAAUUACAGAUACUCGAACAUACAAUUCAUUCCGUCCACUGAUCUAGUCAGGACGCAAAGUAAAUGUAAUAAAAAUAGUUCCACAGAUUCUUUAGAGGCGAUUCCGACGAGAACAUUUACAACUUCAGUUGCAUUAUCAGAGGUACCAGAUAACCUCCACCCUGUUGCGUGGACUUGGACUCGGAUCAGAUCGGAUCAGUCAUUAUAAGGAAGUGGGAGAAAUCAGACAAUCUCUAUCUGCAUCAUUGCAGACACAACAUUGGGAAAAGGGCCCAAUAAAGUGCAGCACGACACAACAUACUUACAUCCCAUUACCAUGAUCGGAAAACAACGCAUUUUACGGACUAGUGCGGUGGGUCUAGUUUUGUCCACCUUCAGUCUUUUCUCGGUAGUUUACAUGGAUCAGAUCGAACGUUGGAUGAUCGAGUGGUUAAUGGUUCUGAGACCCGGAACUCUGAUUAGCACUCUGUGGGAAUCGCCCUCCAUGGAUAUAAACGUGGAUCUGUAUAUUUUCAAUUGGACAAACUCAGAGAGCAUAGGCGAUCCUACAGUGAAGCCAAGAUUUGAGGAACUCGGACCUUACCGCUUUACGGAGCGGAUGCAGAAGGUCAAUGUGGAGUGGCACGAUGAGAACUCAACGGUUUCCUACAAGCGCCGCAGUCGGUUCGACUUCGAUCCAAAACUCAGUGCUGGACGUCUCUCAGAUCCCAUCGUGGCGCCCAACCUGCUAAUCGUGGGCUUGUACCAGAAGAUGAUGCUGUGGAGUCCUAUGCUGCGAUCCCUAAUGAUGAUUGCUUUAAAUAUUUACGGUAAAGACCAGACGAUGGUACGUCCUGCCAGCGAUUGGAUGUUCGACGGGUUCGACACGCCGCUGAUCAAGAUGAGCAAAAUGAUGCCGCCUAACCUCGUGCCGGAGAUGAAGUUUCCCUAUGAGAAGAUCGGCUAUGCAUAUCCACGCAAUGGCAGCAUGGAAAUCUACGGCCAUCAUAAUGUCUACACAGGACGAGAUAAGUUUGAAAAACUGGGUCAAAUAGCUCAGUGGCGCUACAACAACGUCACAGAAGCCAGUCCCAGGUGCAAAUUGAAGGGCAGUACCGGGGAAUUCCAUCCAAUACCGCUGGUGAAAGGCAGACCCAUAUCCUACUUCCUGCCGGAUCUGUGCCGUGAACUACAGGUGGACUAUUACGGCACCACACUUUUCGAAGGCGUCGAGGCAUUCGUGUACAAGGGCAGUGCCCGCAACAUGGCGAAUGGUACUGACAAUCCUGAUAACAGCUGCUAUUGCCAAGAAAACUGCCAGGAGGUGAGGUCUGGUCUCCUGAACAUCUCCUCCUGCUGGUAUGGGGCUCCAGUUUUUGCAUCCUAUCCGCACUUUUAUCAAGCCGACCCGUACUACGCGGAUCAGGUGGAGGGCAUGAAGCCCGACAAGGAUCGCCACGCGAUGGUCAUUAUGUUGGAGCCCAAAACCGGAAUGGUGCUGGAGAUCAAGGCCCGCAUAAUGGCCAACUUGUUAGUCGAACCCAAAACCCAUUUAAUCUAUCGCAAUGCGAGAAAGACGUUCUUCCCGUUGAUCUGGGCAGAUUAUAAUGUGCGCAUCACUGACGAUCUGUUAGGAUACGUGAAGUUAAUACCAAUCCUAGAGUUGGUGGGCAAAAUCUGUGGUGUCCUAGGCGCGUCUUUGGGCGUGCUUAUGGUCUUCUGGUAUCCUCACCAGAUGAUUUGGCAGAAAACCCUAAUGCAGAAGAUCGAGAUCAAUGCUCUGGAAACGACCAGAACGUCCGACCCCACAAAAAAUAAUAGUGUGGAGGACUCGCCGCUGCUGAUAGGAUUGCAGUAAACCGUGGCGGGAAAUUCGAACUGAGGGUUUAAGUUUACUAAGUGUGUAUCAUGUCAUAGAGUUAAGUUUGCAGGGUUUUUUCUUGCCUAGUUUAGUUUAAGGCCAAUAAAUGGUAAAUGGUGUUCAAAUUCUCGGUGCCUGAAAAAAUUCGAAUACA